UUUAGGUCAGGGAGCAAAGGAGGGAGAGGAAGACUCAACAGCCGAGGAUGAGUACCUCCACCACUCUUCUCGCCUUUUCUCUUUUGCUCCCUUUGCUUCUCAUAAGUCCAUCACAGGCCAGUACACCUCCUCAAGCUUCAUUCCCAAACGUAACAGGUGGAGCUUCGCUUGGGGAACUCCCUUCUAAUGUAGAUCUUUUCGAUAAAGCCAAGCUCGCUAAGCACUGGAUCCCUGCCUUAUUCGUCUUUGGAGACUCCUUGGUCGACAGUGGUAACAAUAACUUCCUCAAAGCCUUAGCCAAAGCCAAUUAUUCACCUUACGGUUCCACCUUCUUUGGCAAGCCUACCGGCCGCUUCACCGAUGGAAGAACCGCCGCUGAUUUCAUCGCUCAACUCAAUGGGUUGCCCUAUCCACCUCCCUAUCUAGGGUUAUUAGCAGAGCGCAAACAGAUUCCAAAGACCGGAGUGAAUUUCGCAUCUGGGUCCUCCGGAAUUCUCCCUGAUACGGGUGCUGGACAAUUCUUGUCUUUGGACGAUCAAAUCCAAAAAUUUGAAAGCGUGGUAAAGGAGUUGAGAAAAGAGUUCAAAAAUCAGGCUGAGUUUUCUCAAUACUUGUCCAAGGCUGUCUUUUACAUCAGUACAGGAAGCAACGACUAUGGCCUCGGAUAUUUGUUCCCACAAACAGGGCUAAGCCAGAAGUUCACUGAUAAAACCUUUGCCCAACUCCUCUCUCAACAACUCACCUUGAGGUUGCAGACACUAUACGCCAUGGGUGCAAGGAAGUUUUUGGUGAACAACGUUGGAGCGAUUGGGUGUACACCGGCUUCGCUCAACUUCCUUAAACCCUCAACACCCUGUGACGACUCACGCAACAGCCUAGUGUCCGUAUACAACGACCUACUUCCUGCGGUCCUCUCGAAGCUCCAAGCUGAACUACCCGGAUCGAAGUUCGUUGUCAGCAACAUUUUCAAGUUUUUCCUGGACAUUAAAGCAUCGCCCGCAACAUUCCACAUUACUGACACAAGGAACAACUGUUGCGUGGAUGCCGCUGGAAACGGAACUACACAAUGCAAAGAGGGUCAACCACCAUGCAAGGACGUGAAAACACGCCUUUUCUUCGACGCAGUCCACCCGACUCAAAGUGUUCACUACUUGUUGGUGAGGAGAUGCUUCAGCGACCCGACCAUCUGUGCUCCAAUGAAUUUGGGCCAACUAAUGGGAGCUUAGAUUUAACUUUGAAGGGUACGGUGGAUUAGGAGGGACAAAUUAAGAACGUGCAUGCUCUUAUCAGCACGGCCCAUGCAAUGUACUUGUAUUUGUGAGGAAAAUGAGUUGCAAUUAAGUUUCCA